AAAUAAAAAAAGAGAAGAAGGGAGAAAUGAGAACAAGGAAAGUUCGCCACCGUUUGUUUAGAAGCUGAAAGUGUUGAGCCGCUUCUUCAUCGGAAGCUUCAAUGUCAGGAGGAGGACCAUCUCGCUCCGCCGGUAAACGCCCCCGUCAGGAAGACGACGACGACGACAAUCCCAAUCAAAACCUACCAGCAAAGAGGGAGAGGUUUCCAAAGAAAAAGAAAGGGAAGCAAGUAGAUGUAGUAGUGGAGAAAGUGAUUACUGAGGAGAAUGUGAAUGAUUUGUCCAACCCUAUUGUUGCUGCGAAAGAGAGGGUGAAACGCAGGAAUCAAAUUACUGCUGAGCUUCUCAGUGAGGAGAAUGGAGGUGUCUCAAUAUCGGCUGCUGAAGUGACUUAUGAGGAUAAUGAAGAUUUUGUUGAUGAUGGAAUUCAAAUUGAGCCUUUCAACCUAGAUAAAGAAAGGGAAGAAGGUUAUUUUGAUGCGUCCGGAAAUUUUGUUGAAUAUGUAAGAGAAAAUGAGAUUAAGGAUGCAUGGCUUGAUAAUGUUGAGGUUGAUCCUAGAUAUGCUGCAUUAAGCUCUGCAACAAAAAAUGAUGAAGAGGAGGAGGAGGUCCAAGAACUUUCUUCUAAAGAUGUGGCAAUCAUGAAGAGGCGCAUUGCAGAUGUUCUUGAGUCAGAGGAAACAGUCUUACAAUGUUUGAGAAGGUUAAAAGGUAGCGGUGAUAGAAAGACAAAAAUGUCCGGUGAGACUAAGAUUGUGUUUGACCAGCUAACCGAGGAUGCUUCCAAGCUUAUGGAGAAUGGUGAAUACAAUGUUUAUCAUGAAAGUAAAGAGGUUUUUGAGCGCGAAGCAGAAGGAUAUGAGAAAUUAGCCAGGGCAAGAGGAGAAGGCACAUCCACGGACACUCCAAAUCCACCUUUGGCUAGUGCUGAUGAUUUUGAUAUGUUUGCUGAUGACGAUGAGCAUGCUGCCGCUGAACCAUCUACAGUUGAAAAUAAUGCAGUUAGUGAACCACCAUCAGAUGCCAUUAAUUCUGGUACAGAGGGCGGAGCUUUGCAGAGUGAUUAUGUGUAUGAUGAAUCUUCUGGGUAUUAUUACAGCAGCAGUUUGGGCUAUUAUUAUGAUCCAAAUACAGGGCUUUAUUGCUCUGCAGAAUCAGGGAAAUGGUACUCAUUUAAUGAGGAGACUGGCGCCUACGCCGAAGUUAACGAGGUUGCAUCCAAUUUGAGUUGAGGGACCUGUUUCAGAGUGGUACAGACAAUUUAUAGCAUACUCACAGUCGGUGUCUUCCAGUGGCAUUUGUACAGACAGUAGCAUUAUUGAUCUUUUUGCAGAUACUUGUAUGCGGGGCACUUUGUACUUGUUUAGGUGCUGCUCCAGAUGUUUUUCUUCUGCCUUUACCUCUUUAAGGUUGCUGAUGUGUAAUGGCUAAAAACUCACCUAAAUUACACUUUCCCGUUGCCAUUUCAAUGGAAAAAAAACCUUAUUAUGGUUCUGGAUGUAGCUUGGAAAACCCUAUGACUGCAGAAACAAAAAUAGCAGUUGUCUGUUUACGCAUCAAAUUCCUAAUCUGUUUAAGUUCAAGUGUUAUUACAUAAGCUGAUUAAUCACUCUUUCUUAGUGUGAAUGUAUUAUGCAUUAUUAUUACACCAUGUAUUCUCUCACUGCCAUUGUUAAAUAUUAGACAGUAAAACAAA